UAGCGGCAGAGGCAGUGGCGGUGGGAGAGACAGGCGGAAGCAGCUGGGGCAGCAGGGCUGGAUUGGGGUGUUAAGUCCAGGCUGAGUCGGGGACAGGCUGCUGCUCUUGGUCCCCGUGCCUGCUGGGCCAGGCGCCCUUCCUGGAACCGCAGGCAGGGUGGACAGGGCGAGGUGCCACCUUAGUCUGGCUGGGGAGGCAGACGAUGAGGAGCGAUGGGGCAGGCAUGUGGCCACUCCAUCCUCUGCAGGAGCCAGCAGUACCCGGCAGCGCGACCGGCUGAGCCGCGCGGCCAGCAGGUCUUCCUCAAGCCGGACGAGCCGCCGCCGCCGCCGCAGCCAUGCGCCGACAGCCUGCAGCCAGCCAGGACCUCCUUGCACAGGAGCCAGUGCCCCCGGGGAGUAGAGACGGCCAACUGGAGGAUGCUUUGCUGAGCCUGGGCUCUGUCAUCGACAUCAUGGGCUUGCAACGGGCUGUCAAGGAGGCCCUCUCUGCCGUGCUCCCCAGAGUGGAGACCGUCUACACCUACCUGCUGGAUGCGGAGUCCCGGCUGGUGUGUGAGGAACCCCCCCACGAGCUGCCCCAGGAGGGGAAAGUCCGAGAGGCUGUGAUCUCCCGGAAGCGGCUGGGCUGCAAUGGACUGGGCCCCUCAGACCUGCCGGGGAAACCCUUGGCCAGGCUGGCGGCUCCACUGGCCCCUGACACCCAAGUGCUGGUCAUACCGCUGGUGGACAAGGAGGCCGGGGCUGUGGCAGCCGUCAUCUUGGUGCACUGUGGCCAGCUGAGUGACAGUGAGGAGUGGAGCCUGCAAGCUGUGGAGAAGCAUACCCUGGUGGCCCUGCGAAGGGUGCAGGCCCUGCAGCAGCGCAGGCCCGGCGCGGCCCCCGAAGCGGUCCAGAACUCCCCGGCGGGGGCGGCGGGAGACCAGAAGGCCGGGGUUGUGUACAGCGACCAGGACCGAAAGAUCCUGCAACUCUGCGGGGAACUCUACGACCUGGAUGCGUCUUCCCUGCAGCUCAAAGUCCUCCAAUACCUGCAGCAGGAGACCCAGGCGUCCUGCUGCUGCCUCCUGCUGGUGUCCGAGGACAAUCUCCAGCUUUCCUGUAAGGUCAUGGGAGAUAAAGUGCUGGAGGAAGAGAUCCGCUUUCCGUUGACGACGGGACGCCUGGGCCAGGUGGUGGAAGACAAGAAGUCUAUCCAGCUGAAAGAUCUCACCUCUGAGGAUGUGCAACAGCUGCAAAGCAUGUUGGGCUGUGAGUUGCAGGCCAUGCUCUGUGUCCCUGUCAUCAGCCGGGCCACUGACCAGGUGGUGGCCUUGGCCUGCGCCUUCAACAAGCUCGGAGAAGACUUGUUCACAGACCAGGAUGAGCACGUGAUUCAGCACUGCUUCCACUACACCAGCACCGUGCUCACCAGCACCCUGGCCUUCCAGAAGGAGCAGAAGCUCAAGUGUGAGUGCCAGGCUCUUCUCCAAGUGGCAAAGAACCUCUUCACGCACCUGGAUGAUGUCUCUGUCCUGCUCCAGGAAAUCAUCACAGAGGCCAGGAACCUCAGCAAUGCUGAGAUCUGCUCCGUGUUCCUGCUGGAUCAGAAUGAACUGGUGGCCAAGGUGUUCGACGGCGGCGUGGUGGAGGACGAGAGCUAUGAGAUCCGCAUCCCAGCCGACCAGGGCAUCGCGGGCCACGUGGCGACCACGGGCCAGAUCCUGAACAUCCCGGACGCGUACGCGCACCCGCUAUUCUACCGUGGCGUGGACGACAGCACGGGCUUCCGCACGCGCAACAUUCUCUGCUUCCCCAUCAAGAACGAGAACCAGGAGGUCAUCGGUGUGGCCGAGCUGGUGAACAAGAUCAACGGACCAUGGUUCAGCAAGUUUGACGAGGACCUGGCGACGGCCUUCUCCAUCUACUGCGGCAUCAGCAUCGCCCACUCCCUCCUAUACAAGAAAGUGAAUGAGGCCCAGUAUCGCAGCCACCUAGCCAACGAGAUGAUGAUGUACCACAUGAAGGUCUCUGAUGAUGAAUACACCAAACUUCUCCAUGACGGGAUCCAGCCUGUGGCUGCCAUUGACUCCAACUUUUCCAGUUUCACCUACACCCCUCGCUCUCUGCCCGAGGAUGACACCUCCAUGGCCAUCCUGAGCAUGCUGCAGGACAUGAAUUUCAUCAACAACUACAAAAUUGACUGCCCGACACUGGCCCGGUUCUGUUUGAUGGUGAAGAAGGGCUACCGGGACCCCCCCUACCACAACUGGAUGCACGCCUUUUCUGUCUCCCACUUCUGCUACCUGCUCUACAAGAACCUGGAGCUCACCAACUACCUCGAGGACAUGGAGAUCUUUGCCUUGUUUAUUUCCUGCAUGUGUCACGACCUGGACCACAGAGGCACAAACAACUCCUUCCAGGUGGCCUCGAAAUCUGUGCUGGCCGCACUCUACAGCUCCGAGGGCUCUGUCAUGGAGAGGCACCACUUCGCUCAGGCCAUCGCCAUCCUCAACACCCAUGGUUGCAACAUCUUCGACCACUUCUCCCGGAAGGACUAUCAGCGCAUGCUGGACCUGAUGCGGGACAUCAUCUUGGCCACGGACCUGGCCCACCACCUCCGUAUCUUCAAGGACCUCCAGAAGAUGGCUGAAGUGGGCUAUGACCGAACCAACAAGCAGCACCACAGCCUCCUCCUCUGCCUCCUUAUGACCUCCUGUGACCUCUCUGACCAGACGAAGGGCUGGAAGACCACGAGGAAGAUCGCAGAGCUGAUCUACAAAGAGUUCUUCUCCCAGGGAGACUUGGAGAAGGCCAUGGGCAACAGGCCGAUGGAGAUGAUGGACCGUGAGAAGGCCUACAUCCCCGAGCUGCAGAUCAGCUUCAUGGAGCACAUCGCGAUGCCCAUCUACAAGCUGCUGCAGGACCUGUUCCCCAAGGCCGCAGAGCUGUAUGAACGCGUGGCCUCCAACCGUGAGCACUGGACCAAGGUGUCCCACAAGUUCACCAUCCGCGGCCUCCCCAGCAACAACUCGCUGGACUUCCUGGACGAGGAGUAUGAGGUGCCUCAGCUGGACGGCACCAGGGGCCCCGUCAAUGGCUGCUGCAGCCUUGAUGCUGAGUGAGCCCCUCUUGGACCCAUCCCCGCCCAGGCCUCCUCCCACAGCCCUCUACUGGUCUGCCUGGAUGCACUGGGACCAGAGCCACAGGUCCUGGGAUCUAGACCAGGACGUCUGGUGUGACCCCGGGCAAGGACCGACCUUCCCGGGCCUCAGCUUUCUCGUCUGUAAAUGGGAGCAAGACUUCAGCCUCACCGAGACUUUGUGAUUUGUCCUCUGAGAGCACAGGGGUGACCAAUGAGCAGGGGGACCUGCUCUGCGCCUCUGACCACACCUUGGCCAGUCCUCGCCAAGCCACUCCUUCUCGGAGGCAACCUGGAUGGUUUCCCCUGGGCCCAUUCCUGCCCCACCGGAUCUGUGCCCUUUCCCCUCUCCAGGAUCCUCAUGAGGGGAGAAGGUGGGUCAUCUGAGAGCAGAGGGUGGCCUCAGAAACAGUCGUCAGCUCUGCUGGAGGACUGGAAAUAACCCCAGGGCCUCAGGUGCCCCUGACGAUAGCCACUACACUUAUGGUGGGGAUGGGGACCUGGGGAGACGCAGGGGCCCCACGAGGAAGCUGCUGGAGGGGCAUAUCUGGGGAGAGGGGCUCAGGAGGAAAGCAGGAUGGGAAUUAUGAGCGGGAAGGACCCUGGGCUGGGAGACAGGCCCUGGUGGGUCAGCAGGGCUUCGCCCCUGGCUGUGUGACCCUGGGCACGUCCCUCCCCCUGUCUGGGCGAAACAGGAGGGUGAGACAAUCCGUUCUCUAAGACCCCUUUUAGAUCAAAGUCCCCACAGCUCUGUGGAGUCCCAGGAGAGGCCGGGGAAUGUGCCUGCUGCCCUAGGGUGGAGAGCCCAUCCUGAGUCCCUCACUGGUCCCAGAGAGCACCCCCUUAGCCCAAGGCCCUACCCCGAUCCCUGCAGCCAGAGAAGGACCUGGCCUCAGCCCUGGCAGGGCUUCUCACCUCUUCAAGGCCAUAUCCACCCGUGACCCGGGGCUUGGGAGACCCCAUAGGGCCAGGCCACUUGGGUCAGCCUGGCUGCUGGCUUCUCCCGUCUCUGUUUUGUUCUGUACGUGGUGUGGGUGGGGGGAGGGGGGCCACCUGCCUUACCUAUUCUGAGUUGCCUUUAGAGAGAUGCGUUUUUCUAGGACUCUGUGCAACUGUUGUAUAUGGUCCCGUGGGCUGACCGCUUUGUACAUGAGAAUAAAUCUAUUUCUUUCUACCAAC